AUGCUACAAUCAUCAAAGAGUACAUGUGCGCCCACAAAAAACGCUGUCAUUAAUACUACUACUACUACUACUACUACUACUACUACUACUACUACUACUACUACUACUACUACUACUACUACUACUACUACUACUACUACUACUACUACUACUACUACUACUACUACUACUACUACUACUACUACUACUACUACUACUACUACUACUACUACUACUACUACUACUACUACUACUACUACUACUACUACUACUACUACUACUACUACUACUACUACUACUACUACUACUACUACUACUACUACUACUACUACUACUACUACUACUACUACUACUACUACUACUACUACUACUACUACUACUACUACUACUACUACUACUACUACUACUACUACUACUACUACUACUACUACUACUACUACUACUACUACUACUACUACUACUACUACUACUACUACUACUACUACUACUACUACUACUACUACUACUACUACUACUACUACUACUACUACUACUACUACUACUACUACUACUACUACUACUACUACUACUACUACUACUACUACUACUACUACUACUACUACUACUACUACUACUACUACUACUACUACUACUACUACUACUACUACUACUACUACUACUACUACUACUACUACUACUACUACUACUACUACUACUACUACUACUACUACUACUACUACUACUACUACUACUACUACUACUACUACUACUACUACUACUACUACUACUACUACUACUACUACUACUACUACUACUACUACUACUACUACUACUACUACUACUACUACUACUACUACUACUACUACUACUACUACUACUACUACUCAAACUACUACUCCACUAAUACUACUACGACCACUACUACUACUACUACUCAAACUACUACUUCACUAA